AUGGCGUUCCGCACUGGGUGCGACGCCAUCUGGUGCAGAGCAUUCUCACUCUCCUUGAAGGGAGAAGCCUUGGAGUGGUUUGAUUCACUUCCAGACGGUUCCAUAGAAAACUUUAAGGGUCUGAGCAACAUGUUCAAGAAUCAGUUUGCGGCCUGUCGAGUGCAAGACGCCACGGUUGUUGAUUUGAUGAAUCUCAAACAAGGUAAGGAAGAGCCUCUGAAGACCUUCAUGGAUCGGUUCCAAAGAACCGUCAGGCGUGUCAAGGGACUCAGCACGGAGUUGGCUUUGCAACACGUUAUGCUCGGAUUGCGUCCCGGACCGUUCAAAGAUAGUAUAUGCCGGAACCCUCCUAAGAGUAUGGAAGAAUUGCGCCAGCGAACGACUGAUGAGAUCAGGGUAGAAGAUAUGAAACAAAGCUACUGGAAAGAGCUCCAAGAGGCGAAGUCGGAAAAACAUGAAAGCCGACGGGACGGUCAAGGAGGUCGCCCAGGUAGCGGCAAGGCGAGGGAUGAACCCAGAAAUCCCCGGUUCCCGCAAUACACACAGUUGAACGCCCCUCGGGCUCGAAUACUACAAGAAUCGCUUAGUGCCCAGAUAAUGCAGGUGCCACAACAACGUCCAACCCCCCCAGGAGCGAACAAUUCUAAGCACUGUUUGUACCACCAAAAUAUGGGUCACAAUAUCGAAGAUUGCGUGAUGCUAAAAGAUAAAAUAGAAGAAAUGGUCAGAUCUGGACUGUUGCAGCAGUACGUAAAAGGAAGUCGAACGGUAGAGUACCGCAACGGCCGGGAGCAGAAAGAAUACGCGGGGCGAAGCUUUCCCCGUUCUGAAGAAAAGAGAGCGUAUACAAGGAGCCCUCCUCGGUCCGGGAGGACCAAUCGGCCGUCUGACGACCGCGAUAAUCGAUAUACAGGCAGCCGAAAAAAUGACGCUAGGAGAUCACGCAGUCAAAGUCGAGAAAGAGAGCGAAGCCGUCCCUUAGGGGAGUCAUCAAUACCAUCUUCGGCGGGUUCGCUGGGGGAGGGCAAUCCUCAUCUGCCCGAAAAAGAAGCAUUCAGACGUUGCAGUCCAUCCAUGCCGUAA